AUGAAACCUGCAAUUUUGAUAGAUGGUGGAAUACAUGCACGUGAAUGGAUCUCACCAGCGGUAGUGCUGUAUAUUAUUAACCAACUUAAGAAUAAUCCUCAACAGGAUCCUGCCAUAGAAAAAUUGGUCGACUUGUAUGACUGGUAUUUCAUCCCUGUAAUCAAUCCAGAUGGCUACGUUUAUACUUAUACCACAGAUCCUUGCUGGAGGAAAAAUCGACGACAAACGUCGUCAAACCCCGUUUGCUAUGGUGUUGAUUUAAAUAGAAAUUUUGGUUAUGAUGACAAAACGUGGGAUCCUUCUGUUGGUGGAUCAUCAGAUCCUUGUAAUUAUGUCGGUUAUGCUGGUACAGGUCCUUUUACUGAGGAGGAAAGUAAAGCCGUGAUGAAAGUGAUGAACAGAAAGGGCGUAAACUUCGUUGCUUAUAUGUCUUUUCAAAGUUACAGUCAGAUAUGGGCAUAUCCUUGGGGAUACACACAGGACACAUUAAAAGAUGCACAAGAUCUCAGAAAUGCUGCUAAUGUAGGAGCAGCUGCGAUAUUUUCUAAGAGCAAAAAGAUAUACAGAGUGAACCAAUCUGCCCUUUUUCCAGAAUUUGGCCUAAUUGCUGGAGCCUCAGAUGAUUAUGCAAGAGGUGGAGCAAAUAUCAAAUACUCUUAUACAAUUGAACUUAGGGAUACAGGAGAGAAAAAAUUCUUUCUACCUGCAUCAGAAAUCACUCCUAACGGCGAAGAAAUACUGGAGGGAGUUAAAGCUUUUGCUAACUACAUCUACAAGCCUCGAAGAAAAAACUAUUAUUAUAAUAAAUGGUAA